UUCAAAAAAGAACAUAUAUGUGGUGAAACUUUUGGAUGAAACCUAUAGUGAAACUACUUAAAAAAAUAGAGAAGUUUUCCAGUUUUGUGUUGUUCUGUUAUCAAAUUUUAGUGCUUUGCUUUGGAUGAUGAGUUUUCUUGAACUGUUCGUCAUUUUUUCUUUGCUUUUUUUCGCUGGAGAGGCGAAGCUCUGGAGGAAAUUCAAAAAUGCCGCGAAGGAGGAAGAUGAUAUAUCAUUUUAUAUGUACCCGAGGAAGGAAUUCAGUAAUGUUUCCUACGACGUUAUCUCAGAUGAUUUCUUCAAAUGUUUCAGCAAAUUAUCCUACGAUGUUUCCAUGAGAGAAAAUGUAAAGAAAUCUACUGAAUCAUCUGCCAUAAAUAAGAUUUCAGAGUCCCACUCCCUUUUUUACAUGAUGGGAGCCCUGAGCCAACUUAUUUCUUCCAUCAACAUCGACCUGUCAAUCAUCGAGCCAUCCAUUCUCUUUUGUCUCCUGCCUCGAGCACGGAAGGAGUUACUUCUCAGGAGGAAAUUCAAUUUCACGCAUUUCUCUGCUCAUGACAACCUAAUCUCACUGGGCAUCUUUGCGAAGGAUGCUCCACUUCUGGAAAAGGAAGAAACCAAAGAAAAUUUUCGUGCAGCUGGGUUCCAACCCUUCUUUGCCAAAAGUCCCAUAGCAGACUGGAUGGUUCCCAAGAAUGCGACCGCAAAAAGCAGCGAAUUCAUUAGUCAUAUUUUUUACAGUUAUGAAAAAUUCCUCAUCCACAUCGUUGUGUUUUAUAACAGAAGCAAUUAUUUGUGGCAUCAAUCGUUACCAUCAAGCUCAGACAUUCCAUCCAUUCAAGACAUCGUCUUUUUCAAGGACGCUUCUGCCUAUGACAAUUUUGAGUUCAUUCCCGCGAACUUGGACUUACUCUUCCCCCACUCGGAGUUCAGUAUUCCAACCCGUCCAGAUUACUUCCUCUUCCAGAUCCAACAUUCUCGUUUCCUGGAAUGCAACAAGUCGAUAGUUGCAGAAUUUAAAAACAAAACUUCGGAGAAAGAUCGUGGGGAUCGUGCCUCGGAGUCAGCAGAAAAGUUUGUCAAGAGGACUGUCAUCGCGAUUCGCCAACUAAAAUACGAUCUCAGUUCCCUCCUUAUGAAUCAUUGGAUAUGGUCUGGAACAAUGCUAGGAUGGCAUCGGCAGUGUGAUAUUAUUCCAUAUACAUCAGAUGUAGAUUUUGGUGCGUGGGCAGAUGAAGUGGAUGACGUAGACGAAUUGCUUAAAAUGUUCUCGAGCGACAAUAAGCCCUACAAGAUUAGAGAGCGUUAUGGAAUUCCUGAGAGAGGUUUGGAAUUCAACCUCAACUGCCAUGGUCUAAGAGUCGAUGUUUUCUUCCUGUAUCCAGAAAGUAAUGGGACCUGGUACGCAGGUCACAGACCUAGUAAAGGCUAUUAUUUCAAAUAUCAUCACCCGAGCUUCACGCUAUGCUCUUGCGAUUUGUUAGGUGAAAAGGUAACAGUUCCUUGCGAAACAGAAAAAUGUAUUUCUGCUGAAUAUGGUCCAGAGUGGAUGAAGCCAGUCUCAAGCUGGAAUUAUGAAUCUUCCAUCAAGAACAGAGGCCCUAACAUAUAUUGGCCAAAAGAACUAGAAGGAAAAACCUACACUGGCUACUAACUACUGUGAUAUUAGACUGUUGUUGAAGUGAUACGAGACUUUCAAAACAAGACAGAACUUUCGGAAUUUAUUUUGAAACGAAGAAAAAUGUAUAACCUGCGAAUAAAGAUUUAUCUUUGUAAAACC